GUUAUAAAACUUUUAUAUUUUUUUCUUCCUCUUUCAUGUUGCGUCAAAGUCUGUUUUCUAUAGUAAGCGCAAAGAAUCUCGGUAGAAUAACUCAGCCUUGUCGACACUAUACAAGCGAGAAUGCUAUCUUAACAGACAUCAACAAACAAAUGUUUCGUGUGCUUGAUAAAGCAGCAUCAGCCAACCUUGGCAGUCGAGCGACCCUCACACGUAUUCUACGUCUAGCCAAAGAACUCAAGGAAAAUAAUGUCAAGUUUGAUGCAGAUACAUAUGAACAUAUUUUAUCUGCCUAUGCGAAAGCCAAUGAACCAAGCCAAGCCCUUAUUCUUUAUAAGCAAAUGUCAGCACAAGGUAUCAAACCCACUAGGAAUUUUUACCACAAAGCGUUGCUUGUAAGUACCACUCUAUCACGCAUACACAUAGGUGCUCAUGCAUGAUUAGUUUGCUGCUAGAAAUGGUGAUUCUGCUUUACAAGCCAAAAUGUUGCAUUAUAUGGAACAAUCCAACUAUCCAAAGACGACCAAAACAUAUUAUUGUAUGUUUCUUUGUAUGCGAGAAACACUUGAACUAGAGCACGCUCUUGAUACAAUCGACAUCAUGAAGCGUGAUAAUAUUAAGAUGAACCUUCAUAGUUAUGCUACUGUGAUUGAUAUGGCAGUUCAUUUAAACGAAGUUGAAAUUGCACAUCAAUUGCUUAAAGAAGCCGAGAAGCUAAAUGAAUUUGGUCAGCAAGCAGGAAUACUGUAUACAAGUGUAUUGCAAUUAGCUGCUUUCAAUGGCCAUUAUACUAUUGUCAAAGACAUAUGGAAAAAGGCGUCCAAAUACAAAACAGAUGAAGGGAAUUUAUUGUAUAUUCUAGAUUUAGCAGGUAAACAUGGAGACACCAAAAUAGCCACUGAGGUCAUUCGCAUCAUUGGGGAACGAGGCUACACUUAUCGAGAAUGUCAUUUUGCGCCCUUGAUUGAUACAUUCGCAGCCACAGGCGAUAUCACUAAUACGUUUCAGCUGUUUCAUGUGAUGCGAAAAGUAGGCAUUACACCUAACAAAAAAACAGCAUUACCUUUGGCGUAUCGUUUAGGACAAGACAAGAAUGCGAUCUUUAAAGCUAAGCAUAUACUUGAGAAACAAAGCCCUGUGGAUGUCACUGCAUUCAAUUUAGUGAUUCAUGCAUUGGCUUACAAUAAGGAGAUUGAUGCAGCAUUAUCACUCUAUCAAAAAUCAAAAGAGUUGCAAGUGACACCGAAUAGUGAGACAUUAGAUGCUGUGUUGGAUGCAUGUAUUCAUUGCAAAGAUGCAGGAUUAGGCAAGGAUGUGUAUGAAGAGCUACUGGCUAAAGGCGUCCAACCUACAUCAACUUCACUUAGCAAAAUGGUGACCUUAAUGUGUACACAAGAAGAUUAUGAAGAAGCGUUUAUGUACUUGGAGGAAAUGAAGAAACGAGACAUGGUGCCCUUACGUGGUUGUUAUUAUAAGCUUGUGAAAGUACUGGCAAGUGCAAGAGAUGCAAGAUUAGAAAUGGCAUUGGAUGAUAUGAAGGCAUAUGGCUAUUCUAUUUCAACACAUAUCAGCCAGUUUAUUGAAAACGAAAAAACAACUGCUACUUUAAAUUAAUACCCCCUCCCCAUUAUUAGCGUCAAAAAUUUGUGAAACUUAAUGGCAAAACGGAUGGAGCCCUGAGGCUUGGUUAAAAACCGUACCUGAACAAGGUAUUCUUGGCAAAAUUAUUUUAUGUCUUAAAUUAAUAGCUAUACAAUUAAAAUAAUAAAAAACAAGUGUAUUAACAUAUUUCAUCUAAUGCGCAACAGAUACACAUAGCAACCAAGCUAAAGAUUCAAUUAGAAAAAAGAAACAGAUACAAUAAGAUUACUUACCAUCCCCAACAACAAGAAUGAUCAUUCUCUGGUGGUCUUUCUUGUUGGACUACAAUUGUCUGUGGUGGUGGUCUAAUCAAGGAUUAUUACUUUAGUUUUUGUAUUUAUAGACUUACGCUGGUUGAUAGUAGCCUCCUUG